UCCAGGUAUGUUGAGUGCACUGGCGCGUCAAUACAAGCACUAGUUCUGUUUAAAAAGCUAUACCCUGGACACCGGACCACAGAGAUUGACAAUUUCAUUGAUAAUGCUGUUAAAUAUCUUGACGAUGUACAGAAUCCUGAUGGUUCAUGGUAUGGUUCCUGGGGUGUGUGCUUUACAUAUGCUUCCUGGUUUGCUCUUGGAGGGCUUGCUGCAGCAGGCAAGAGUUACAGCAACUCUGCGGCUGUUCGGAAAGGCGUUGAAUUUCUGUUACGAAGACAAAGGUCUAAUGGUGGUUGGGGAGAAAGCUAUCAUUCUUGUCCUGACAAGGUAUAUAGAGAGCUUGAAACAGAACACUCAAAUCUUGUACAAACUGCAUGGGCAUUGAUGGGAUUGAUUCACUCUGGCCAGGUUGAUAGAGAUCCAAGACCCCUCCACCGUGCGGCUAGGCUUUUGAUUAAUUCUCAAAUGGAAGAUGGUGACUUCCCACAACAGGUAAUUACUCUGUAAAUUACAAGUUAAACAA